CAAUAAUAUAGGAUUCACGACCUUUGGUUGAGAAUAAUGGAUCAAGAAGCUAAUUCCUGAAUCACAACCAAGGUAUGCUCAAGAAUUCCUCUUGGAGCAUUUCAUGCUGGUAUACGUACAUCUUACAGGAGUAUUUCAUGAGAUAUUCCAUGAAAGGGAGAUCAAGAAAAUGCUGAAAAGUUACUCUUCAACGGGGAAAAUUUGAAGUAAAUGAUGUGGUGCUGAUGAAUCUUUAAUAUGGUUUUAUGCUGAAAUAUUGUCAAAUAUCAUAUCGGCUAUCGGCUUUAUAUAGCGGCCAAUACCGGAAUCGGCAAAAUCGGUAAAAUCCAGUAUCGGUCGAUCUCUAGCUAUAAGGCCCACCAGGUUGCCUAUCUGCAAGGAAACACACCAAUUUUAGGUUUCAACCCUCCAGAUAUGCAACCCGGUUAUCCAUAAGGCACCCAUUGAACAAACAGGCAGCAAACAUUUCCCUAUGUUGCGCUUAAAUGCGAACACCCAGUAUAUAUAUUAGGUACAUUCAGGAUCACAAUUCUUUGCAAAAAAAUGUGUUUAUGAACGUGAACUAGUUAGGAAAAAUAUUCAGAGACUUAAGAACAUUCAAACGUACUCAUGAUCUUUUUCCUUGCAGACGGUUCCGCUAAGAACACAACACAGGUGUAGUGGAAAUCCCCAAAGGAACCUUUCGGAAUCUUCCUUGCAGAAGAUAUUUAUGAAUAAUACUGUAGUGAAGACGAUCCACCCGUCAACCAUGCUCCCUUUGAAGCACUUGCUCGCCAAUAUCGAAAUUCUCGAUUGUCGUCAGGAAGACUUUCCGUUUCAUAUUCUUCAUGAAUACCAUCUCUUGAAAAAACUGAACGUUACAAAGAAUUUGUUGACGUCUGUCCCAUCAUUAUUUGAGAUCGACAGCCUGGAGAUAGUCGAUUUCGAUCACACGUGCGGAGUUCGCCGGAUGGGCGACUCCGAAACUAAGGGAACUCUAUCCCAAAAACAAUUUGUUAACCUCUACCCUGGCCUUCAAGAGCGACAGCCUGAAAAUACUUCGCCUAGAUAAGAAUAUGAUCACGAGUAUGGAGCUCGACCGAUGGGCGACUCUCAAAUUGAGAGAACUUCAUCUCCCCAAUAAUUCGCUGACCUCUUUCCCAGCCUUGAAGUGUGACAGUCUGGAAAAGCUCAGUCUACAUGGUAAUAAGGUCACGAAUGCGGAUUUGGACGUAUGGUCGAUUCCUAAAUUGAUGAAACUUCUUCUGGACGACAAUUUAUUGACCUCUUUCCCAGCCAUCAAGAGCGACAGUCUGGAAGUACUCAUUCUAGAAGGAAAUAGGAUCACGAGUGUGGAGUUAGGAUUGGCUACGCGCAAAUUGAGGGAACUGUAUCUCUUCAACAAUUCGUUGACCUCCAUCCCGACCUUCAAGAGCAACAGCCUAGAAAUACUCAGUCUAGAAGGAAACAGGAUGUCAUCCGAUGUUUAUGGCACUACAUGAGUAUACAUGAAUGGAAGUUCUCUUGAUGCAGGACCCCUCUUCCUCCAAGCUCACAUGCAUUGUGUUAUUGCCAGAAGCUCGGAGAUUCCCUUGUCAACAUCAGAUAUCGAUAUGAAGGAUCUCCUGGAGAACCUCGGGAAGCUGGACCAAUGAAUUCUCUCCAAUGUUUAAGGACUUGAAAGUUUCAGACCUCCCAGAGUCCCUGAAAAUUUUAUCUCUGGUUGAGUUGGAUUUGGUUCUGGUGGGAGAAGGGGAGAAACACCCUGACGAUGCUCAAGAGUAUCAUCCAGAGACCCCCAAACAGGGAGAAAGCAUCUCCAAUGGGGACGAACAUUUUGAAUUCAAGACUGAAGAUGCGAUUGGGGACAUGACAGCAGGAGAGUUCCUGGAGAACGAAGACACCGACAUAUUUGGUCAUGGUUUCAUCCAUCUCAGCUCAUCAUCAGUCAUGCCCCCUGAGACACGUGGAUCAAAAUGAAUGGAGGAUCUUUGAGCCAUGGAUUUUACCAAGUUGCUCAGGAAAACAGGAACUGAGGCGCACAUGGAAUCCAAUGAGAUAACAUCGGAAGGCAAUGGGUGAUAUGGGUGAAGGAGUGCACCAGAAGCAUGGAAGAGAUGCAGAGAAUUCCUGGAGUGACUGAUGAAUAGGGAAUAUUAUCAACAUGACUCCAAGUGUUAUUGUUCUUGCCUUUACUCACCCAUGACAAUUUUUGGGGUUUUCCUGUUUGGUUCCCCCCCCGUGUAACAGCACCUGCUGCCUUCUCUGUCUCCUUUUCCUUCUCCUUGUUUCCGCUAAUUUAAUCGAUUGUGUACGGAUUUGAUCCGAUGUGAUAGUUUUUUUCUGCAAUUGAGUAAAAGUAUGAAAUUGAUUCCUCUCUCCUUCGCUCUUGCUACUUCAAGUCAUAGAAGCAGUCCUCCCGCAUUUCUAUUACUCUGCGAUGUCUAAAUGAUUUAUGCUAGUGUGCAUUAUGUGCUAGUGUACCAAUAUUCCCAAUGUGUAAUUAGCGCC